GAACAGAAUGGGAAAGGACCUGAAACGAUACCUGCCAAGGUCCAUCAACACUGUGUCUGGAAAGUUUCCUGCUUUUUCUCCACUGAUCGCUUCUCACUGAACUUCAGUGGAGACGCGAGCUGUUAGUGAACUACUGCUGUCAUCUGCUUAUUAAGCCAGCUGCUGUGGAGUGAAUGCUGAGACAUGGGGUCAGAGUCGGUGAAGGUGGUGGUCAGGUGCAGGCCCCUGAAUGACAGGGAGAAGGCGCUCAGCUCUAAGAUGGUGCUGUCCAUGGACCUGCAGCGCUGCCAGUGCUUCAUAGAAAAGCCAGGUGCAGUGGAUGAGCCACCCAAACAGUUCACCUUUGAUGGGACCUACUACAUUGAUCAAACAACUGAGCAGAUGUACAAUGAGAUUGCCUAUGCUUUGGUUGAGGGUGUCACUGAGGGAUACAACGGCACAAUUUUUGCCUACGGACAAACUGGAAGUGGAAAGUCGUUCACCAUGCAAGGGGUGUCUCAGCCGGCAGCCCAGAAGGGCAUCAUCCCACGGGCCUUUGAGCACGUCUUUGAGAGCAUUCAGUGUGCAGAAAAUACCAAAUUCCUGGUGAGGGCCUCCUACUUGGAGAUUUACAAUGAAGAAAUCAGAGACCUUUUGGGAAGCGACACCAAGCAGGGAUUAGAGCUGAAAGAGCACCCAGAGCGUGGGGUGUAUGUACGGGACCUUUCCAUGCACACUGUGCACAGUGUGGGGGAGUGUGAAAGAAUCAUAGAGCAAGGCUGGAGGAACCGGGCGGUGGGCUACACACUGAUGAACAAAGACUCCUCACGCUCCCACUCAAUCUUCACUAUCCACCUGGAGAUCUGCAACACUGAUGCAUCUGGCCAGGACCAUCUGAGGGCAGGAAAACUCAACCUUGUGGACCUGGCAGGAAGUGAGCGUCAGUCUAAAACCGGUGCUACUGGCGAACGACUCCGCGAGGCCACAAAGAUCAACCUUUCCCUCUCGGCCCUGGGCAACGUCAUCUCCGCCCUGGUAGAUGGACGCUCCAAAUACAUCCCCUACCGAGACUCCAAGCUGACCAGGCUGCUGCAGGACUCUCUGGGAGGAAACACGCGCACCUUGAUGAUUGCCUGUCUCUCCCCUGCAGACAACAACUAUGAGGAAAGCCUGAGUACGCUGCGCUAUGCAAACCGGGCCAAGAGCAUUCAGAACAGGCCUCGCAUCAACGAGGAUCCGAAGGACGCUCUGCUCCGAGAGUAUCAGGAGGAAAUCAAGAAGUUGCGGGUGCUCCUCACAGGCCAGCUGGGCGCUGCUGACCUUUCAACUCUGCUGUCCCGUCACUUUUCUGAGGCAUCCCCUGCUGGUCCCUCAAGGCCACAAUCCAGCACCACCGAAGCAAAGAAGGAAAAGAUUAAAGAGGAGUACGAGCAGAGGCUGGCCAAGUUGCAGGCUGAGUACAAUGCAGAGCAGGAAUCCAAGGCGAAGCUGCAGGAAGACAUCACUGCUCUGCGUUCCUCCUAUGAAUCAAAGCUGUCUAUUCUGGAGAAAGCCCAAGCCAGCAGGGGGAGCUCUGCCCCUAAGAAUGAGAGCGCCAGCUGUACGACCCAGGUUGCUGAGGAGGAAUUGUGUAUCAGCAUUGAUCCAGUCUGCCACAGUACAUCUGAGGAAACUUCCCCAACCAAGGUCAGCAAACCUACCCAAAGAAGUCCAGAUGGAGAUGAGCUCAUGGAGUCUACUGAUGCCACUGCAGCAGGGCCUCUGGACCAGAAACAUGUCCUGGAAAGACUGCAGCAGCUGGAACAGGAAGUGGUAGGAGGGGAGCAGGCCAGGAACAAAGAGCUACAGCAGAGACAAUGGCAGAGAAAAAAACUUGCUGACCAGAGAAAAGCUCAGCUUAUUAAUGCUCUGUCAGAGAACAGCGAAGAGAGCGAAAAUGUGCUGCUGAACGUCUACAACUCCAUCCAGGAAGAAGUCCAUGCCAAAAACCAGAUGCUGGUCAAAGUUCAGGGGAAGCUGAAAGCAGCCAAACUGGAGAUCCGUGACCUGCAGGCGGAGUUUGAGGUGGAAAGGAAUGACUACCUGGCGACUAUACGCAGGCUGGAGAAGGACGGCCAGCUCCUGAACAGCCUGCUGGAGCGUAUGGUGUCUCUGGUGCGCCGCGACUGCAACUACAGCAACCUGGACCGCUUGAAGAAAGAAGCUGUCUGGGACGAAGACAGCGCCACCUGGAGGCUGCCAGAUGUAAUAGUGCAGAAAACAACACUGCCUGCAGCAGUGGGUCCAAAAGCUUCAACUCGCAGAGGCUCAGGUCCUGAUGUUGGAGAACCAUUUAUGCAGGUGGAAGAGGACAGGUACAAGCAAAUGCUGGACCGAAGUGACAGCGAGAACAUCGCCAGCAGCUACUUCAAGUCAAAGAGAGCAAGCCAGCUGCUGGGAGGUGACUCCACAAAGGGACACGCCAUCCACUCUCCUCCCGUGGUUAAUGUGGCAGCGUACCUUUCUUUGAGCGGCUCCAACACGAACCUGCCUCUGACCUCAGACACCAUCCUGCCUCGCCCCUUCCGUCUGGAGUCAUUGGAUGUCCCAGCGUCCAAUAGUAAGGUGAAGCGCAAAAAAAGCAAAUCUCAAAUCCAUAAUGAGGGAAUUUAAAUGGACUGUGAAUUCCAGUGCCCCACAUAUUCUCAGCUGCCUGCUUUUUUUUCUAUAUUUUCUCAUCUAUGACUGAUCAGAAAAUUGUGUAUGGGUCACUCCACACUAAACUGUACCACUGGAGCCUGUGUGAAAUAUGGUAUAAUAUUUAUUUAAUCAAAAGCAGCACAAUUUUUUUCAUACUCAAUUUUAAAUCCAUGCUAGUCAAAGCUAUUUUUUUUUUCCACGAGUAAGGACCUUCUCUUUAAAUCUCUCUCCUAACACAACUUUAUCAACAAGGAAAAAAAUGAACGCUGGAAUUUUGUUAGGAAAGGCAUAAAGAAAGAUUGUCAAUGAUGAAAAUCAGACAUUUGGCAACAAUCUGCUCAGAAAGUGUGUUCAGAUUUGUGUUGGCAUCUUUGUUAUGGGUGUAAAUACUGGUGUCCAACUUUGCUACAUCCAUGGAUCCUUUGUGCUGCUCUCACAAAAAUAUUCAUCAUACAUCGCUCACUUGAAAUAAACAGCAAUUCAGCCUUGCAUUAAUAAAUUAAAAUUGAUUGGUCCAUUUUGUUAACACCUAUCUAACACUUCAGAACAGUUUAGUGUGGAGUGACCUGGAUAUGAAUCCCUGGAUAUGGAUUUUUUUUUUUUUUUUGGAACUGCUGCUACUACAGUAGCCAUUUAUUGUGGAGGUUGUCAUGUGUUUAUAAUUGCAUUGUGAAUGUUAAUUCAUUGCUAUCUACAGUAUGAUGCUGUCCUU